AUUUUCUUCCUGCUAAUGUUUUGCUAGGUGUCUGUGUGGGGUUUGCAAAUAGGCUGGUAAAUAAGUCAAAGCAUGGGCAGAAAAAAGAAGAAGCAGAUGAAGCCCUGGUGUUGGUACUGCAACAGAGAUUUUGAUGAUGAAAAGAUUCUCAUUCAGCACCAGAAAGCCAAACACUUUAAAUGUCACAUAUGUCACAAGAAGUUAUACACUGGUCCUGGUCUGGCAAUCCACUGUAUGCAGGUUCACAAAGAAACUAUUGAUGGUGUUCCCAAUGCAAUACCUGGAAGAAUUGACAUAGAAUUGGAGAUCUAUGGAAUGGAGGGUAUUCCAGAGAAAGACAUGAAGGAGAGGAGGCAUGUUCUUGAUCAGAAAACCAAUGAUAAUCAGAAGAAAAGACAGAACCAAGAUGACUCCGAUGAAGAUGAUGACGACGAAGAGGCUGGACCCUCCUUUCAACAGCCAGCAGCACCCACGCAGCCUCAGGCAGCCUAUACCCCUAUGACCCAGCCAGGAAUGCCCCCUGUCCCAGCACAAGGGAUGCCACAUGGAAGCUACUCAGGAAUGCCCCCAAUGAUGCCUGGUGUUCCCCCAAUGAUGCAAGGGAUGCCCCCUGUAAUGCCAGGGAUGCAUCCAGGCAUGAUGCCAAUGAGUGCAAUGAUGCCACCUACACAUGGAAUGCCCCCAAUGAUGCCAGGCAUGCCACCAGGAAUGCCUCCACCCAUGGGCCAUCAUCCUGGCAUGCCCCACAUGGCUCAGAUGCCUCCCACCAGCACCAGGCCAGCUGUGCCUGCUGUUGCUUUGGCUGCACCACAGCCAUGUGUCUCCAAGCCGCUGUUUCCUAGUGCAGGACAGAUGGGGACUCGAGCUCCAAGCACAAGCUCGGCCUCCUCCAGUCUGGACACUUUGUCAACAUCCUCUAAACCACUGUCACAAGUCCAGCAGGCUGGUUCCAGUGCAGCGGCAAGUUCCUCUGCCCCUCCUUCCGCUGUCCCCAAACCCACAUUCCCAGCCUACACCCAAUCCUCUACCCCUGCUGCCAACACCAGCAGCACUGUGGCCAAACCAGCCAUCCCAGUUACAAGUAAGCCUGCCACCCUCACCACCACCAGUGCAACCAGUAAGUUGAUCCACCCUGACGAAGAUGUCUCGCUGGAGGAGUUGAGAGCACAGCUGCCUCGCUACCAGUGUAAAAUCCCCAGUGCAGGACAGGCCCGUGUAAUCUCCCUGCCAGUUGCACCAAUGGGAGGAGUGUUGCCCUCUCAGCAGGGUGUUCCUGUACAGCAGCCGGGUGUGAGGCAUCCCAUGCAAGUACCAUAUGGUGCUCCACCUCAGGGAGUGUCUGGAUAUGUCCCAGGAGGGAUGCCUCCCUAUGGACAAGCCCCACCAAUGGUACCUCUGUAUCAAGCUGCUCCUCCUCGGCCUGCCAUAGGCAUGAGACCCCCUGUAAUGUCCCCUGGAGGCCGAUAUUGAAGUGUCACCAGUGGUCUUCAUUAGGUUUGGUGAUUCAACCAUUUUACCAUCUAGUGGCGUGCUUUACAAUCCAGAUCAGUUACUAUAAUCGUAACACUUGUGCAAUGAGAAGGUGGAUAAACAAACUCUGUAACGCAUGGGACAUUUGAUUUUACUAAAUACUUUUUCUUUGGAUCUACCUUUUGUUGCAGAUCAUACAGUAUGGCUUUUUUUUCUCAUGUUUUGUUUAGGUUUUUAGAAGUGAAGUGUAGUAAAUAUGGUUCGUAUUAAUUUGAAGCGGCUGGAGUUUCGUACAGCACCCUUUAUCAAGGCAAGUCACUGUAAAUAUACUUCUGUACUAAAAGUGUGAAGCCUUCGCAGCACCCAUAGGUGCUGUUGGACUUUCUGUCCCCAGCUUUGCUCGGUGAGGGCUUCAGAUAGCUGUCACUGUUGGGUUUAUUUUUUAUGUCUGCUUGUCUACAUUUGCAGUGUUCUUUCUGUAGGGAAAAUAACAACAAAGAACUCCUGUGAAUGCUGUCUGUAAUGAUCCACAUUAUUUGUAAUAAACUGUAUUGAAAUCUAAUGGCUGUUUUUUCAUGUUCAAGUAAAGGACAACACCACAAGGUUUGUACUACAAAUGACACGCAUGAUUGCCGUUAUGUGAAUCUGUGAAAUGAAAGCAGUGCUUACAGUGUGCUGGAAUGUAUUUAUGAGCACAAGGAAACCAGAAUAGAAUUCAAGCUUCAUGUUGAAGUUUUAAUUUAAAGGGGUCAUAUCAUGUGGAAUUGCAUUUUCUUCAUAAUUUGUGCAAAACUUUAAUUGUGCAAAAAUUGUAUUGUACUAUGUAAACGUACUGUAAAUUUCAGAAGUAAAAACUUUCUCCCUUGUCCAAAAAGACAAUUUUCAGCUAAGCAUAUUCGGUUAUCAGAAAUUCUGGAAAGUUCUUGUGCUGUCCUGGCUGCGUGUAGCAACUUCAACUCUGCAUUUCCUUUAGAAGGAUACCAAUGUUUUAAAGGAUCACAAUGAAACAAGUGGCUGAAGCUUAUUCUAAUCCAGGUCCCAAAUUAUUAUUUAACUAUUUAUUUAUCUAUAUUAUCUGUUUAUUUUAAAUGAUCCCAAACGGUUAAUAAUUUCCCAUAUGAAGAGGCCGUUUACAUCAGUUUAAAAGGGUCAUGGCCAUGAAAAAGCUAAUUCUGACUGUAAUGGCACAAAAAAUCCUACUAACUUACAUAAGUGGACCACAGAGGAAAAACAAUUUGUUAUAUGACCCCUUUAACAUUUUAAUUUACUGCUCCUUAUGCAAGGAUAUAAGGCUGCUAGGAAAAAAUGAAAACAACCAUUCAGAUCUCUUUCUGAAAAUCACAGUCUUAAGAAAAGUUAAGAAAGCCUUGUGAACUGUUAAUAAUGUAUCUCCAGCCUAAGGCAUAAUACUUGACUGUGAUUUUCAAAAGGUAGUUGGUAAGAAAGUGAAUGUAGUUCACUGUAGUUGUUGUCCUAAACUGAGAAUCUCUCUUCUCCUUGUAGCAAUGCCAUGGGACUGGCUGAGGCAGAGUCUCAGUGUUGCCCUGCACAGGCUGAGGCAAGUCUCAAAUUUUCUCUAUCUUUACUUUCUGUACUCAGCGGGCUUCACAGCUAUAUGGCUGUUGGAUGCAAAUGUCCCAAAACUUGUAGCAAGUUUGGUGAUAACCCCCGAUUUUGUUCACCUCAAGGGAGUUCUGUUAACUAACUAAAAUUUUUUGCUAACAUGUUAGAUGUACACCAGCAUGUUUGAAUGGAAUAUUUCAGGCUUUCUGUCGAUUUACCACAGACAAUAAUUUCAACUCAACCCUUGGUUUGCAAUAACAAAUGGGAAACUUGUGUACAGAAAAUACUACGAAAGACAAGUAGGUAAGUGGGCAACGGUGUGAAUAAAUGUUUAGAAUAUUCAAAUCUCACACCUGUUUCAAAAGUGUAUCCAUAACAUUUAAAUGUUACAUGUUAGCAUGACAUUGGUGUAAUAAAAUCGCUUGCCAUCCCUGUCUCUAAGUGACAUGUAGUUCAGUUCUGUAUACUGCCCUAACAAGAAUUUAUUUGGUAACAAAUAACCAAAAAUACAAGGACAAAAUUAAACUCUGUUUCACAGCUCAGGAAACAUGCAGUUUUUGUUUCUUUUUUUUUUUUUUAUUCAAUUUCCACAGAAUUUUAAGAGCUUUACCAUUAACACGUUUCCAGUUCAUUUUUGCAAACUAAGGUAUGAAGUAAUGAUCAUGAGUGUAAUCGACAACCUGUCACAGAUACUGUUCUUGGAGAGUAAUAAAAAUAACCUGAAAUAUUCUUUAAUUAUUCUCUGUGACACGGCGUACUACAGUUUCAUAAUAAACUAAUUGGUCAGAUGUGGUUGAACAAUAGCUCUCGAGUAAUGUGUGGUUUAACAUUACAUCCCUACUGGCUAUGGAGAAAUGGACCUCAGAUUUUUUUUUCAUGAUGUGUUCUGGGGAGGUAAUAGUGAAGAUGAAUGAUUUUAAUCUACAGAACUACUUCAAUGGUCAAUUUGGUAUCUAGCAAAGCAAAGGAAUCAGGUGGUAUUGUCUUUUGAAAUGGCUUUUAUUUAGUUAUUUAAAUACAAACUUUGUUCCACUCUGGUUGUGUCUUUUAUCUGUCCAGCUUUUGUUCAUUUACCCUUUCAGGACCUCAUUUACAGGUUUGAGUAAGUAUUAUUAUUCUAGACUUGUAAAUUUCAGUGUUUAGAUUUGGUUAAAACCAAGAGCCAUUGUUUUAUUACAUUACAUUACAUUUAUUUAUUUUAUUACAUUCUGUAUGUCAGCUGGCUCGUUUCCUGGUCUCCAGACAGUUUCUUUGGUAAGUUUGUGUCUUGUAUGUAGUCCCCAUUCUAUGAAUCCUCAUUUCUCAUUUCCUGUUUAGGCAGGAAAUUAUGCGAAUAUAGACUUGUGAUCUGUUUUUAUAUUUGAGUUAGAAAUUGCCUAAUGAUCUACAGUAGCUAUUUUCUUUAUUUCGUUUUUGGCAGUGGAGCAUGGAGAAAUUGACUUGGCACCUUUUCAUUAUGUCUUAAA